AUGUCCGAGCAGAUAAAUGUGAAUGAACUAAGAUUGCAAUUGUAUAAUGCUACGUUGAAGCUAAACAAAUUGAACUUAUUUGAAGCAGCAAAAUGGUGUGCAGAAGCAUUAAAUGGUUUAUCAAAACAUUCGAAUGAUUUGCAACCACAACCUCAAACAUCAAUUGAAAUAGAUGAACUUCAAGAUCAAGAGAAAUUUAUAUUAGCUCAAACUUAUUUUAAUUGUAAAGAGUUUGAAAGAUGUGCUUGUGUUUUAGAGAACAGCAUCAGUGGGGAUGCAAAAUUCUUGAGGUUAUAUUCCUUAAUGAUCGCCCUUGAUAAAAGAGCCACCGAAGAGUCAGACGGAUUGAUUAUUGCAGCACCGAUUAGUGAGUCAAACUUGUUAGACACAAACUAUAAUUCCAAUGAUUAUGAUCAGAUGAAGACGGAAAAUCAAUCAAGUAUUUCAAACUCAAAAUAUACCAAGAUACUAAUAGAAUCGGAGGAAUAUCUAUCACAUAAGGAAAAUGCCUUCUUAUUUUAUUUAAAUGGAUUAAUAUAUCGAAAGAAAAAAAAAGUUAAUGAUGCAAUAAACAACCUAUAUCAAUCACUACUAUUAUUUCCGUACAACUGGUCUUGUUGGAGAGAGCUCAUAGAUUCAUUUGUUAAUUACGAAGAGGCGUACAAUUUCAUACAAAGAGUGAAGAAAAAAAAUGAAAGAUUUGCAGACAGUCCGAUGUUUCACUUUUUCGAAAUUGUUGUGCUUCAAGAAUCACAUCAAAGACUGAAUAGAUUAUUGGAUUUAAUGGAUAGAAUGAGUUCAUUAUUUCCAAAAUUUACUUUUCUACAAAUUCAAAAUUUUUUAAUUGCCAACAAUCAUCUUGACUAUUAUACCGCAGAAAAUAUAUUUGAUCAAAUUUUAAUUGAAGAUCCUUUGAGGUUAGAAGACUUAGAUUUAUUUUCAAAUAUGCUUUAUGUGAUGGAAAAAAAAUCAAAAUUAAGUUAUAUAGCUGCAUUUGCAUCAAAUCUUGAUCCUUUCAGAUGUGAAACUUGUUUAGUUUUAGGAAAUUACUAUUCCCUAAAGUCGGAGCAUGAAAAAGCAAUAAUGUAUUACAAAAGAGCUUUAAUUUUAAAUAAAACUUGUCUAAGUGCUUGGACUUUGAUGGGGCAUGAGUUUGUGGAAUUAAAAAAUUCUCAUGCUGCUAUAGAAUCAUAUAGAAGAGCCGUUGAUAUUAAUCCAAAAGAUUUUAGAGCAUGGUAUGGGUUAGGUCAAGCAUAUGAAGUGCUAGACAUGCAUUUAUAUGCUUUGUAUUACUAUCAAAGAGCAACAAAUCUACAACCAUUGGACAAAAGAAUGUGGCAAGCUAUAGGAAAUUGUUAUGACAAAAUAGAUCAAUUAGAAGAUGCAAUAAAAUCGUUUGAAAAGGCAUUGGCUAUUGGCAAGAUAUCAACUGAUCUGAACGUCGACGUCGGUAGUAUGGGAGAGCAAACCCACAUGAAAAAAAUAAGCAUAAACGAUGAUGAGUCGGACUUUAUGGUUGAGCCUCAUAUCUGCUAUAGAUUAGCCCUAUUACUGGAAAAGUUACAUAAUGUUGAAGGAACUAGAAAAUACAUGCAAUUAUGUUUUAAUCAAGAGUUGGACUGGGGUAUUAGUGAUGAAACAUCGAAAGCAAGGUUAUGGCUAGCUAAAGAUGCUUUAGAACAAGGUAAUUUUGAUGAAGCAUAUGAUUUAGCAAAAGAUUUGAAUCAUAGUAAUGCCCAUGAUGUUGAAGAAGCAAGAGCAAUUGCCAGGGAUGCUAGAAAUCGAAUCAAAAAAUGA